GAACGCGGUUUUGUAAUAUGCGUUUGGAAUCCGAACUCUUGUUCGUUCCGCUGUCUCGAACCCUAAGGCCCUUUUCUCUCUCUCGACGAUCGAUCUCGCGAAAGGUUCCUCUAUUUCUUCCUAAAUUGCUCCAUCGUGGUUGCUACUCGCGUCCGUUUUGAAUUUAUUCUGGGAAGAUUGACGCCGAAGGGAAGCGAGAGUGGUUGAUAUCAAACUCAUCAAGCUUUGUGCCUAGACGAUCUGUUUAGAUAGCGGUCUCCUCGGUACGUCUGCAAAGGUCGUUUCGUGGAAGUUUGCUCUUUUGUAAGAGUACAUACAUGGAGUAUGGUCCUGAUGAUAGUAGCGGAACUGACGAUGAUCUUCCACCAUCUCAUCAUAAUAGGGCUGCAAGAGGACCUAUCGUUAGGAAUGGAAGAACUAUAGUUAGUGCUCUUCCAUAUUCUAGGUUACAGAAUGGUAUGGAGGCACAAAUACAUAGAAUAGAGCAAGAAGCAUACAGUUCAGUGUUGCGAGCAUUUAAGGCUCAAUCUGAUGCCAUUACUUGGGAGAAGGAAAGUCUUAUUACCGAGCUUAGAAAGGAGCUGAGGGUCUCAGAUCAGGAACAUAGAGAACUAUUAAACAGAGUUAAUGCUGAUGAAGUGAUUCAGAGAAUAAGGGAAUGGAGGCAGGCAGGUGGAGUCCAAACUGGAAUUGUUACUAAUGCUCAGCCAGAUUUAACAAUACCUAGUCCUUCUGUAUCAGCAUCGCGAAAGAAGCAGAAGACAUCUCAACCUCUACCUUCUCUGUCGUUAGGUGCAUCAUCUCCAGCAUUACACUCACAAUUUGCUGCUUCCAUGCAGCCAUCAUCAUCAGCUGUAAGGAAGGAUGCUUCUCUAGGGACAAAAGAAAAAAAGCCAAGAUCAGGCGGGACAACUCCUGGUUCAUCUUCAGCAGCUAUGCAAUACCUUGCUAGUGGAAGGGGCCAAGUGACCAAUAGGAAUACUUCUGGUUCUCUUGUUGCAGGUCAACCUGCUGAACCAGCAUCUUUUGAUCCACUAAUUGGACGAAAAAUCAGGACUAGAUGGCCAGAAGAUAAUAACUUCUAUGAAGCUGUUAUAUUUGAUUAUAAUCCAGUUAAGGGUCUGCACGCUUUAGUUUAUGAUAUUGGAACACUUAAUGAGGCAUGGGAAUGGGUCAAUCUUAAAGAGAUUUCCCCUGAUGAUAUAAGAUGGGAAGAUGAUGACCCAGGUAUGUUUCAUCAGUCUAGUCACGGUGUGCCCACUCGAGGGGUAAAGAAGACCAUGGGCCAUGGUUAUGUACCAGGUGCAGGAAGAGGAACCCUGAGAAAUCGGAAGAAAGAAUUUCCUGCAUCCCAAAAUGGGAUUGGCCUGAAGAGUGUCAGUGAUAUUGAAGCAAUUCGCACUGACAUUAUAGUAACAGAAGUAGAGAGGCUUCUUAGCGCUAGUAAUCCUGAUCCUCAAGAGUUUGAUAAGGCCAAGAAAAUGUUGCAAGAGCAUGAGCGAGUAUUGAUUGAUGCAAUUGCAAAAUUAGCUCAAGUAUCUGAUGACGAAAAUGGUGAGGCGAAUCGCCUGUUAUCUCAUGGCCAAACCACAGACCAAGAUCAAGGAAGGAGGAAUCAACAGAAUGGUAAAGAUACUGAUUUAGCAGUCGAAGGAAGGUGCGGCAUUGUAAGUAAUGAGAUGGUCACUGACGGUAUCGCAUGAGGCCACCAGCAUGACGGGAACCAUGACCUUUUCCUUUAGUUUUUCGAUUGACAAGCAUGUGUUAUAUCUUCUUUUCUUUAGGUUGUCAAUAGGGUGGUCUCUGUUUAUGUAAGAUCUAUUUGCUAGUGCUAAGGUUUCUUUCUUUGUUUUUGGCUGAUA